AUGGAAGAAUUAAAAAAAAGACAACAACUAGAACCAUUAAGUUAUUGUCAAACAAUUAAAUUAAUUAAUAAUUGUAGAGAAUUAUUUCAAUGGAUUAAAAAAUCAGAUAGAUAUAUUGUUCGAGUUGAAUAUGAAGAUUUAUUAAAUUACGUAGUAACCAAAACACAAAAAACAUUAUCAGUCACAUCAAAAUUUCGUAAUUCAGUAAAAAAUUCUAUGAAAAGAUAUUUCAAAACAAUAAAAAUAAAAGAAAAAAUGUAUUGGUUAUUAGGUCAUUCAUUUACAAAAUAUGGAGAAAUAUAUUAUUGUAAAGAAAAUGAUGAAUAA